CCAAACAUGCCUGCGUUGUCAAAAUUUGUAUGCCGUAAAUUAACAUGCCGUGGAAAUUUUAAAAAUUUGUUUCUAAAUUCUUGUGUACAUUUCGCUAAAAAUCAUCGGUCGUUGUUGGUUAAUUUAAUGAAAUUCCAAACAACUUCAACAAUGACUGCCGAACCUGCAGCGAGUGUAAAUUUUAUGGUGAAUUUGUCUGGGAUCCGCAUAGCGCUCCAUGAAGUUGUCGGUGUGAUGGGCAAUCAAGAGGCGCUUGGCGUCUGGGAUAUACAGUUGGCGCCACUCUUAAAGCGCUCCGAAGAUGAUUAUAACGAAUGGUCUGUUGUGGUUGAGUUGUCGCCUCAGAAGUUAAUACGUUAUCGCUACUUUAUCGCCGCCGUGGACAAAGCGACGCGUGCUGUACAAGUGCGACGUUGGGAGGCGCACGAGCGCGCGCGGGAAAUCAUGUUGCAAUGCACGGAAGAUAAAUGUGUCGAUAGGUUUGGCUGCAUGUGCCCCAAUAAACCGAAAGUGCGUAAAGCUUGGCUAAAUACAGGACAUGUGGUGCUCUUCAAAUUAUUCCAUGCAUUGGAGUUCAAAGAGAACUUUCCAUUGCUGUCGGACGAGGAAGUGCGUAUCAAAUUGGAACCUGUUCAUCCGGAAUUCAUGCUGCCCCUUCUGCCAUCUGCGCGUGCUUAUGUUCAAUACUCCAGUAUGCUAUAUGGUGGCAGCCAAAUGAAAGAUCAACCCGAUUUGGGAGUAGUGUUCAAAAACGAUACAUUGUUGUUUCAAGUAAUAACGGUGGACAAAGCGCUGGUGGGCUACUUGAUGAAGUUGAAUUUGUCGAAUGAGUCGACUGGUUGCGUACAGUUUCUGGGCCAGCAAUAUAUUUCGCCUGAGGCAUUGAAUACCAGUGAGGGUCAAUUUACAGUAAGUUUUAAUGGAAUCUCGAAUGGUUUGGAAGUGGCUAAGUUACAAAUCAAUUACUUGGUUGUGAAUGCUAUGCCCGAGUGGAAGGUGCAAUUGAACACAACCUUCUUGCAGUAUUGGCCGAACCGUUGGAAAGGAUUGGACAUUGGACAUCGCGGCAUGGGACGUAGUUUCAUUGCGAACAACCCAGCGCCAAUUACCGAGAAUACGUUGCUUUCUAUGAAUGGAGCUUUCAAAGCAGGCGCAGACAUGGUCGAAUUCGAUGUUAUGCUUACUAGAGAUAUGGUGCCUAUCAUCUUUCAUGACUUUGAUGUACUUACAUGUACGAAGUUGGAAGCCCCGAUUACCAAAGAUGACCUUUCAUUGAAAGCAAUCAAGGACUUUACUUAUGAGGAGCUGCAGCAUUUGAAAACUUAUCAAAUCGUAAAUGAUGAAAUCGUGGAAUAUGCUGCGCCUAGCAGCUUAUGUGACGAGAAUGAGCGUCUCUUUCCAACGCUGAAAGAGUUCUUCGCUAAGACAAACAGAUUUCUUGGUUGUAACAUGGACAUCAAGUGGCCGCAAGCGUUCUACAAAGGCGGCGUGGAGAGUAUACAGACCAUCGAUAAGAACGACUUCGUCGAUGCUAUACUGCAGGUGGUGAAGGAAGCCAGUUGGGGGCGCGUUUGCUGUUUUAGUUCUUUUGACGCGGACAUCUGCAUUAUGCUUCGCUUCAAGCAAAAUAUGUACCCAGUAUUCUUAUUGGUGUCGAAAAUUUUGCCUGGGUAUUUGGACCCACGCACACAUUGUCUACAUCCGGCUGUGAGUACCGCACAGGCAUUUGAUUUGAAUGGCAUUGUGCCGGCAGCGAGUAUUUUCAAAACUCAUCCAGACGCAGUGGCUUUGGCCAACCAUCAACAUAAGUGGGUUAUGUUGUGGGACGACGAGAUACGUGAUCGCGCUUCCGUUGAUUGGUACAAGCAGCAGGGCGUACAUGGCGUAAUAUACGAUCGCAUUGAAUCAAUCCUGGACAACGAUAAACGGAAUAUUUUCGCACAGGAUGAAAAAUUGCAAAGGCUUUUCGGUCUACAACUCAGCUGUGUUUGCCGUUAAAGUUUUUUUGUGCAAGACCACCAGUUUACUUUUUAAUUGUUUGUUAUACAAAUUUUACCGAAUUUUUAGAAUUAGAUUUUUAAAUAUUUAAAGAUGAUAAA